ACUCUUCAACCUCGUUCGUUCAUUAUAUCCUGGAUAGUGAUCGCUGAACCCUUGGCUACACACUAGCAUUCUGGAAGACGGUCGCUCCCUCAUUGUGUCCCAUUCAAGAAGAAUAUUGUUGAAUAAAGUAAUCUGUGAAAAGGUUUAGCGGAGCACAUCAUGUCGCCUCUUUCAAGAAACUGGAUACUGGCCGCGAUGGCGGUGGGUGUCUUGGGUCAGGGAUAUACUAACGGGCCCGUGAUCCCCAUUACUGUGAACACAUCCGUAACAUCCAUCACACUCCCAUACUGGCCAAGCCAAAGCUCCCUCUCCGCACCGCUGACAGCUGGCCCUUCGCUAUCGUCUGCCUCAGUCGAGCAGCCUUGUUCCACGGAAACCCCAAUCCCGAGUCCGCCUCCGAAAUCCUCUGGCCUUGGAUAUGGAUCUUCAAGUGUCCAGAAUCCGGCUUCUUCGGCCUAUUCGGCAAGUUACGUGGCACCAAAUCCCCCACCGAGUUCAUUAGGAUAUCCGGCAAGCUCUCUUGUUGUUACGAUUCCUGUCUACACGCCUCCUGCAGCACCAUCAUCUGUCCCUGCUGCAUCCUCGCUUCCGGUGUCCUAUUCCGUCCCUGAUGGGUCGAAGACUGUUAUCGUUCCUCCUGCCAGCUCAGUCCCGAUCUCCUAUCCCAUCCCUUCGGCUUCAGGAACUGUGGUAGUUCCUCCCCCAGCGAGCUCAGCAACAGCAACGUAUCCGAUUCCUUCGACCUCGGAGACCGUGGCUAUUCCUCUACCUUCGACCAUUCGCUCGGCUACCAAAACUGUAACCAUCAUUGUUCCGCCACCGGCCAGUUCUUCACCAUUGGUACCCUCUUCGUCCCCUGGACCAUCUUCUACUCCCGAAAAUCCCACAUCGGUUCCGGCACCCUCGGUUCCAAUCCCAACAUCCAUCCUCCCAUAUCCCUCCAGCGAAGUAUCCGCGCCUUCAGCGCCAACAACGAUUAUCCCAGUGACCACAUCCGUCUCCAUUCCACCAGAAGCCUCUAGCACUAUCAGGGCCGAGCCCUCUUCCAUCCAAUCAGAAGCUCCACCCUCGUCUCUCGCCUCUUCGACCUCCACACCCCCCACUAGCGAAUCGUCUUUGACCGCUACACCACCGCACACGUCCUCCGCCACUACCAUAGAAGUCUCCAGCGUAACAGUUGCUGGCUCUAGCGCCCGCACCACUUCCACAGCCUCACAAACUACACUAGCCACCUUCGCGACGUCCUCCACAGCCAACCAACCCACAGGCGCCCCACUAGCACCGAGCGCCAGUGGACCAGCAGCCGGGGAAAAGAUGCGGGUUAGGGAGAAGGUUUGGUGGUUGGCUUUUGCCGUCCCUGCCAUGUUGAUGAUGUAAAUAGCGGGUAGUUAUCGCAUGAACAUGUGCGAUAUACUUUUUGUAUUCUACGAUUUGACGAUACGAUUGUAAUGUGUAGGGGCUUGGCGUUAGGUUUACAAAUCUGGAUAUAGUAGAUAUACCUAGGAGUUUAUGGAUAUGAUACGGAUAUGAUAUGGAUAUGGGACGGCAUUUAGAAUGCUUCGGCCAAAAUAUGGUUAGUUCGCUCCUGAUGGGAGAUGUCAGAAGAACAAGAAGGGAUUUCCAGGCACGUGUUGGAGACAAGGUGUAAUGGCCUGUUUGUAUGGCAUAGAUGAGUAGUAUAUCGG